AUAGAGGGCGAGCAACUACUGGAGCGACCUGGUGACGUGAGGAGCGUUCCAUUUGGCCAGCGGUGGGCGGUUGCCACAGCUGGUUUAGGGCCCCGACCACUGGGGCCCCUUGUCAGGAGGAGACAGCCUCCCGGCCCGGGGAGGAGAAGUCGCUGCCACCUUUGGCGGCCGACGCGAUCCCCUGGGACCGUCCGCUUCCUGCCGUCAGCUGCCGGCCGAGUUGGGUCUCCGUGGUUCAGGCCGGCUCCCCCUUCGUGGUCUCCCUUCUCCCGCUGGGCCGGUUUAUCGGGAGGAGAUUGUCUUCCAGGGCUGGCAAUUGGACUUUUGAUGAUGUUUGACCCAGCGGCAGGAAUAGCAGGCAACGCGAUUUCAAAGCUGGGCUCAGCCUCUGUGUCUUCUCUUGUGUAAUCGCAAAACCCAUUUUGGAGCAGGAAUUCCAAUCAUGUCUGUGAUGGUGGUGAGAAAGAAGGUGACACGGAAAUGGGAGAAACUCCCAGGCAGGAACACCUUUUGCUGUGAUGGCCGGGUCAUGAUGGCCCGGCAAAAGGGCAUUUUCUACCUGACCCUUUUCCUCAUCCUGGGGACAUGUACACUCUUCUUCGCCUUUGAGUGCCGCUACCUGGCUGUUCAGCUGUCUCCGGCCAUCCCUGUGUUUGCUGCCAUGCUCUUCCUUUUCUCCAUGGCUACACUGUUGAGGACCAGCUUCAGUGACCCUGGAGUGAUUCCUCGGGCGCUACCAGAUGAAGCAGCUUUCAUAGAGAUGGAGAUAGAAGCUACCAAUGGUGCGGUGCCCCAGGGCCAGCGACCACCCCCUCGUAUCAAGAAUUUCCAGAUAAACAACCAGAUUGUGAAACUGAAAUACUGUUAUACAUGCAAGAUCUUCCGGCCUCCCCGGGCCUCCCAUUGCAGCAUCUGUGACAACUGUGUGGAGCGCUUCGACCAUCACUGCCCCUGGGUGGGUAAUUGUGUUGGAAAGAGGAACUACCGCUACUUCUACCUCUUCAUCCUUUCUCUCUCCCUCCUCACAAUCUAUGUCUUCGCCUUCAACAUCGUCUAUGUGGCCCUCAAAUCUUUGAAAAUUGGCUUCUUGGAGACGUUGAAAGAAACUCCUGGAACUGUUCUAGAAGUCCUCAUUUGCUUCUUUACACUCUGGUCCGUCGUGGGACUGACUGGAUUUCACACUUUCCUCGUGGCUCUCAACCAGACAACCAAUGAAGACAUCAAAGGAUCAUGGACAGGGAAGAAUCGCGUCCAGAAUCCCUACAGCCAUGGCAAUAUUGUGAAGAACUGCUGUGAAGUGCUGUGUGGCCCCUUGCCCCCCAGUGUGCUGGAUCGAAGGGGUAUUUUGCCACUGGAGGAAAGUGGAAGUCGACCUCCCAGUACUCAAGAGACCAGUAGUAGCCUCUUGCCACAAAACCCAGCCCCCACAGAACACCUGAACUCAAAUGAGAUGCCGGAGGACAGCAGCACUCCUGAAGAGAUGCCACCUCCAGAGCCCCCAGAGCCACCACAGGAAGCAGCUGAAGCUGAGAAGUAGCCUAUCUAUGGAAGAGACUUUUGUUUGUGUUUAAUUAGGGCUAUGAGAGAUUUCAGGUGAGAAGAUAAACCUGAGACAGAGAGCAAGUAAGCUGUCCCUUUUAACUGUUUUUCUUUGGUCUUUAGUCACCCAGUUGCACACUGGCAUUUUAUUGCUGCAAGCUUUUUUAAAUUUCUGAACUCAAGGCAGUGGCAGAAGAUGUCAGUCACCUCUGAUAACUGGACAAAUGGGUCUCCUGGGCCCUGGCACUGGUUCUCCAUGGCCUCAUCCACAGGGUCCCCUUGGACCCCCUCUCUUCCCUCCAGAUCCCAGCCCUCCUGCUUGGGGUCACUGGUCUCAUUCUGGGGCUAAAAGUUUUUGAGACUGGCUCAAAUCCUCCCAAGCUGCUGCAUGUCCCGAGUCCAGAGGCAGUCACAGAGACCUCUGGCCAGGGGAUCCUAACUGGGUUCUUGGGGUCUUCAGGGUUGAAGAGGACGGAGAGUGGGGUCAGAGGAUUCUCCUGGCCACCAAGUGCCAGCAUUGCCCAUGAAUCCUUUUAGGAAUGGGACAGGUACCUUCCACUUGUUGUAUUUAUUAGUGUAGCUUCUCCUUUGUCUCCCAUCCACUCUGACACCUAAGCCCCACUCUUUUCCCAUUAGAUAUAUGUAAGCAGUUGUAGUAGAGAUAGCAAUUGACAUUUCUCGUAGACUACCCAGAAACUUUUUUAAUACCUGUGCCAUUCUCAGUAAGAAUUUAUGAGAUGCCAACGGCAUAGCCCUUCACACUCUCUGUCUCAUCUCUCCUCCUUUCUCAUUAGCCCCUUUUAAUUUGUUUUUCCUUUUGACUCCUGCUCCCAUUAGGAGCAGGAAUGGCAGUAAUAAAAGUCUGCACUUUGGUCAUUUGUUUUCCUCAGAGGAAGCCCGAGUGCUCACUUAAACACUACCCCCUCAGACUCCCUGUGUGAGGCCUGCAGAGGCCUUGAAUGCACAAAUGGGAAACCAAGGCACAGAGAGGCUCUCCUCUCCUCUCCUCUCCCCUGAUGUACCCUCAAAAAAAAAAAAUGCUAACCAGUUCUUCCAUUAAGCCUCAGCUGAGUGAGGGAAAGCCCAGCACUGCUGCCCUCUUGGGUAACCCACUCUAAGGCCUCGGCCCACCUCUGGCUAUGGUAACCACACUGGGGGCUUCCUCCAAGCCCCACUCUUCCAGCACUUCCACCGUCAGAGUCCCAGAGCCACUUCACCCUGGGGGUGGGCUGUGGCCCCCAGUCAGCUCUGCUCAGGACCUGCUCUAUUUCAGGGAAGAAGAUUUAUGUAUUAUAUGUGGCUAUAUUUCCUAGAGCACCUGUGUUUUCCUCUUUCUAAGCCAGGGUCCUGUCUGGAUGACUUACGCGGGGGGGAGUGUAAACCAGAACUUUUCAUCUAUUCGAAGGCGAUUAAACUGUGUCUAAUGCAAACUUCCUGCCUCCUCCUUCCCCCUUCCAUUUCAAGAAUAUGUUUGUGUGUAGGGUGGGGGUGGGGGUUGGAAGGGGUUGCUUGUUACUCCCCAAACUUCCAUUAACCAGGGCACCCUUGGGUUGGAGAGCUAGUUCCCAAACUCUCCAUUGAUCUAUACUACAUUCUGGGCUGAAGUUUAUCUUAUUCUGGACUAUGAAGAAAGGACUUUCAAGGAAGUAUAGUGUGAACAGGAUCGGGAAGGUAGAGGGAUUAUAUUUACUUAAGAGAACAAGCUCUAUAUUCGGAUAUUGUUUUGAAGCAGAUGGAUGCCGUUAAUUGCUAAUGAGCCUUGGUUAUUAAUGCAGGCUCAUCAGGGCCUCCCCUUGGAAAUAUUUGAUCAGUGGUCUUUUACAAGUGAUGGUAUAUGUUUAUUUCUAGGUGGUGUAUAAUCAAGAUUCCUUAUCAAUUCCCAUCUCAUACUUCCCAGUUAAUUGGAAUUAAUGAAAUUUGGCUGCUCCCGGACUUUUUUCCAUGUCUUCCUGUUUUCCUUGUAGCAGGAUUUAAGUUGAGCAUUCGAGAGAGAGAGAGAGAGAGAGAGAUUGGAAGAGAGAUGGGGAGAGACUGACUCAGAUCCCUCUCCUGUCUUCUUCUUCUUCUGGUUCUCUCUGUUUUUUUUGUUUUGUUUUGUUUUGUUUUUUCUUGAAGUUAUAAAGCCAAACCUGGAGAGUUUGUAAGUUGUUAGGUUUUCCCAGGUAACCUGGCACUCAUAUGAACCCCAUUUUAAUAAGUACUCAGCCCAUCUCCUCUCCCGGGCUCAGAUGGAUCUCUCUCCUCCCUCACCUUACCUCAAGUGUUCUCCUGAGGACCCUUAGGUCAGACAGAGAAGCUUUCUCUUUCUGAUGGGGAGGGUCAAAAUGGAAAUCUCUUAUCUCUAGUGUGAAAUGAUUUUUUUUUAAGUUUCUGCUUUUUCAUACUCCCUGCUCUCUUUCUUUUCCUUAAUAAAUCUUCUGUGUUUAAGAUGUUGGCCUGAAGAUCUGUCCCAUUCAUACCAUGCACCAGCCGGGACUGUCCCUAUCUGAUCAGAGGGGAGAUUAAAGAAUCAAUCUUCCCAGGGGAAAAGGGCCUUAAAUUGUUUGGUCUUUUCAAUGGCUGACACUGUCUCCAACUCUCCCCUUCCUCCUUUUUCCUCAAGCUUCCUAUGCACCCUACUUUCCCAGGCCAGGAUGGUUGGCACUGAUCCCAAACCUCUGAGGGCAGGUGGAAAUUGGCCGUGUUGAGCCAUUUCUUCAUGUCCAUUCAGCUCUGAGGCCUUCCUGGCCCUAGCUGAGAUCAUCAUCUCCUCCUUUGCUUUUUUCCCCAGGAGUGAGGUUGGGUUAGAGGUGGAUUCUGAUUCUAUAGCAGCUAAAUUCCAUUCUCCCUGUCCUGACCAUCCUGCCUUUACCCGUAAAGCACCCGUUCCUACUGACCAAAUCUCUUUACCUUGUUGGAGAAAAAAAGUAUUUUGUUUUUAAAUCUAUUUUCUAACUUAAAUGCAAUUUAAUAUGUAAAUCUCUGCACUUUUGUGUGAGCCUACAAAUGUGUAUGUGUUGGGGGUUUUUCACUCUCUGGUAUUUCUUAAUAAAGAAAUCUUUCUUUUGGGGGGAAGCCAAUUAAUGAAGGAGCCUUGAGUGGUUUUAGAAAUACAGGGCUGUCUGUUUC